AUGUGCGCCCAUAUCUCGGGCAAUCUGUUAUCUGCCCUGCAGACUGCGGGCCUCACUCUUCCCCCUCAGAAGCUCACACGUACAGGUGCCGUACCCACCAGUGCAGACGUGUCAGAGAUGAGCGGUGUUGUCCGGGAGACGAGCUCCGAUGUGCAGACCCUGAAGAAGGAUGUCGCAGCUCUGCGCGCAGAGCAGGCCGAUCUGCAUUCGAAGUUCAGCAGCGUCAGCAAGCAGCUGUUUGAGCGCGUGGCGGCACUAGAGAAAGCUCGGGAGACAGGGAACACCGGCGGCGGGUUAGGUGAGCCUGGCCACCCAGACGUGACCUCUCCAUCCAAGCGGGUUGACUCUAGUCCCGACCCGGGACUCAGAGACACCGCGGCCUCCCCCCUUGCAGGAGUUCGCCAGACCUCGCGGUUUGGUCCCAACGAGGAUGCAGCGCCGCCGCAGCAGCACCAGCGGGAACCCCACUACGCAUCUGCAUCGCCGUCACCCGCCCCAGGUACUGCACAGCAGCAUCAAACUGGCGUGCCACCGGGGCGGGACACGGCGUACUAUCAGCCGGGCACAUCCCGACCUGCCCCGCCUCUACGACCGGUCGCUCCACUCACAGCUGUGCCUCGCCCGUCCGCUCCCAUAUACCAAGGCUACGCUGCUAUGCCACCUUAUGCUCCACCGCCCGGUAUGCCAUGGUGCUGGCAGGGCGGUCCACCGCAGCACGCCCCCCCCCCGCAGCAGUCGUACCCACCGCCAGCCAUCCCGAGUAUGAGUGGCGCGGGUGAAGGCGGCGGGGAAUGGAUGCGCGACAGUGGAGGCGACGCCGGUGCAGCAGGAGCUACUUCCGAUGCCUUCACCGGUGGGCGUGCAAAGUCCAACGAGGAAGAGGCAGCCAAGGGAUACAAGGCUGCCGCUGUGGUGGUUCGGCCACAGGGUUAUCGCAUCCAGCGCAGUAUUGACCUUACCCUGUCGGAGCAGCAGCUGCUGACCGGGUGCACCAGGCAGCAUGUGGCAAGCCUAGCCGACCGUGGCCUCUGGCACAGGUGGCGCGAAUGGCGACAGCUCAUGCCGGAGCUGGCACCGGCAACACUACUACAGGUUCCACACGCACCAAACAUGCUGCCUCCUCGCCCGCUAGCCGUGCCGAGCAGCAGCCAGGCAACACAACCUCCGGGCAUGGUCCUCUCUCGGCCCCCACGUGAUCAGCAGCAAUAUUUGGACGUGCACCCGCAGUACAACUGA